UUUUUGGCUUCCUAAAAUACUUAUUUUAGCCUCCUAUUUCUAGAACUUUUCUAAGUUCGAUUCAGGUUCCAUCAGGCCAGAGAAAGGGACAUCCAGCCUUGUUAAAAGCACAUUCAGUAGAUGCCAAAAUGCACCAGAGCCUCAUGUAAACAGCAUGGAUUACAUUAGCAGGCCUCCCUGGAUGAGUGGACUCUUAUUCCCAAUUCUCUCUCGCCUACCUCAUCCUCACCCCAUGGUUAUAUAACCUUCUGAGUGGAAUUUGGAAAUUCCCCUGACCCAGCCUGCCUGCUGAUAGAGCUGAGCCAGUGGCUGGCAGGGGCACAAUCUAAGAGGCGAAACUGGAAAACACACAAGUCCUCUUCUGAGCCCAGACACUGCAAGCAAGGAACGAAGGACUCGCCCUGUCUCCUUCCUCCCCUCUGACUUCACCCAACAAGCACCUGACCCUCCCAGAUGCAGUGGGCAGGGCCACAGGCCCUCAGAGGGCCACGGUGGGGCGGAGGUGCACACACCAACAAUAUUUAAGAUGCUGACUUGGUGGAGUGCUCAGGCCUCAGAAGAAACGCAGUAAGAGGCUCACUAGGCCCUACCUUCAGAAACGCUAAGGAAGAGCAACAAGAGAACACACCAAGGGGGAGACCAUCGGGGCAGAAAGCGGGCAGAAAGCGGAGGGCUUGCUCUUGCUCUGUAGGACCUCCAGUGGGCACAACCAGGGCCUUGAAAGAUGCUGAAAAAUCGCUUCUCAGCUCUGACCUGGCUCUGUGUCUUCAUCGUGGCCUUUGUCGGUCACCCGGUGUGGCUGCAGAAGCCCCCUAAGCGCAAGACGCCUGCACAGCUGAAAGCUGCCACCUGCUGCGAGGACAUGAAGGAGCUCAGAGCGCAGGUGGCCAACCUCAGCAGCCUGCUGGCUGACCUGAGCAAGAAGCAGGAGAGCGACUGGGUCAGCGUGGUCAUGCAGGUGAUGGAGCUCGAGAGCAACGGCAAGCGCAUGGAGUCCCGGCUCACAGAUGCCGAGAGCAAGUACUCCGAGAUGAACAACCAGAUUGACAUCAUGCAGCUGCAGGCGGCGCAGACGGUCACGCAGACCUCCGCAGAUGCUAUCUAUGACUGUUCGUCCCUGUACCAGAAGAACUACCGCAUCUCUGGGGUGUACAAGCUUCCUCCUGACGAAUUCCUGGGCAGCCCCGAGCUGGAGGUGUUCUGUGAUAUGGAGACUGCAGGUGGGGGCUGGACCAUCAUCCAGAGACGCAAGAGUGGCCUGGUCUCCUUCUACCAAGGCUGGAAGCAGUACAAGCAGGGCUUCGGCAGCAUCCGGGGGGACUUCUGGCUGGGGAAUGAGCACAUCCACCGGCUCACCAGGCAGCCGACACGGCUCCGUGUGGAGAUGGAGGACUGGGAGGGCAACAUGCGCUACGCAGAGUACAGCCACUUCGCUCUGAGCAAUGAGCUCAAUAGCUACCGCCUCUUCCUGGGGAACUACAGUGGCAAUGUGGGCAAGGACGCCCUCCUCUACCACAACAACACGGUCUUCAGCACCAAGGACAAGGACAAUGACAACUGCUUGGACAAGUGUGCCCAGCUCCGCAAAGGUGGAUACUGGUACAACUGCUGCACGGACUCCAAUCUCAAUGGGGUCUACUACCGCCUAGGAGAGCACAGGAAGCACCUGGACGGCAUCACCUGGUACGGCUGGCAUGGGGCCACCUAUUCCCUCAAACGGGUGGAGAUGAAGAUCCGCCCAGAAGCCUUCAAGCCCUGAAAGGAGCCCUCUGGGGAGCAGGCAGGGCUGCAGAAGUGAGACAGGCAGGGGCUAGGGAGGGCAGGGUAGAGGACGGGUAAGGAUGAGGACUGGCCCACCACCUCUGAUGGAAGUUAUUCUCUGAGGAGCAUGGCAGGACUAGUAUGUGUUCUGCAAAGUCAGCACAUGGACAUGAUAAAAUUGUAAAUACCAAGGCUGCCAUGGUAAAUGGGUGAAGCAUUUAAAUGCAGUGGGUGCUGCCACAGACUCCUAGGAUUCUCAGGGUGCAGGGCUGAGUGGGCUCCCUCUGCCCCUGAUCUCUGUACAGACAGAGUGGCAGCUCCUCUUUUGCACAUGAUUUAUCUGUGGGGAAAUAAAAGGGUGAGGACACUUUGCCCAUUUUCUCUAAGGCUUAGGUUGCAUAAGAAGAAAACAAGAACUAUGAUUUACUUGCCAAAAGAGAGGCCUUGAGUAUUACAGAAAGGAACGAAAGUUGGAGGUAGAGGAGGGCAAUAUUUAUUUUUAAACCCACUGACAUUUUCUUUGGUUUAUAUAUUUUUAAAACACUCAAACCGCAUUGGGCAGGUGAUGAGCUACUCUAGGCUGGACUUGCUUGGAGGAGGCUCUGGGGCCCUGGGCCUAGCAGUCAGAAUCUUGGGCCCUCCCUGCUCACCUGGGUCAGAGACGGGCAAUGAAAGGCACCACUUGGGUCUGGCCAGGCGGGAGGUAGGCACAGCCCCUCUGUGUUUGCACAAAACCGAUUUGAAACAUUCCCAGUCAACACAGAUAUGUCUCUUUUUAUGGACUCAAAGAGCUCCCUUUUUGUCUGUAAGAAAUGGCUGAAAAAUGAAGGUAGAUGGCGCUAUGGUUAACAAUCUGUGCUGCACAGAAGCAUCUGGCUUUGUAAAAAUAAAAUACUAUAGUUGGUGUUUUAAACAUGUCAAGUGUCAUUUCGUUCUACAAUAAACACUUUUAAAAAAUGAG